AUGUACACGCUCCCCGUCGUGCUACUACGCGAUCACUUUGACGUGGAACACUCAAGUCUCAGGUCAAUCAAAGCAAUAUACCUCAGACCAUUCGAUGCAUCAUCAUUCCUUAGUGAUAUAGAGGCGAUGCCAGUGGCAGUGAGGAGAUCGCUAGAGUCGUUGACUCUCUGUCUACAGACAAGUCGUAUGCCACUCGAUGACGGCAUGCCCAUCACGCAUGACAUGCUGCCUCAACUCAAACAUCUGGUUGUGAAGGGUCCUGCUUGGCCCAGUCUAGCAUGCGAUGUCGAUCUUCUCAAGGGACUGGACACUCUCAUACUUGGAAGUAGGAUGAGGAACUAUGGCUCAGUCAACUACACAUUGAAUGAUCCAAGCCAGUUCUUUGAAUCACUCAAACAUACAAGACUUAGAUUAUUGGAGUUGUGGCCAAGUAAUCGAACAGGAGAUAAUGAUUACAAACAAUCAUUGAUCGAUUAUCUAUUGAGUAGUGGAGGCAGUACUCUGGAGUCAUUAACCAUUGGAUUCAUACGUGAUCGAUCUCAAGUUGAAGUGAUUGCCAACAAGUUACCAAGAUUACAACAUCUUCAGAUAGAGACAAAUGAGUCUGACAUUGUCUUUGCACCUUUGACCAUCAAGUCACUAGUACUCUCAUCAAGACGUGAUAAGAAUAUCUAUUACACUGUGCGCACCAUUCGCGAUCAUUCACUCAAGUCACCUCCAUGGACAUAUCAUCUCAGCUCACUACAUCUCAUGUUCUAUCAAUGGGGCCAUUCAUCAUGCUAUGUCACCAUCAAGAUGCUUCCAACACUACUCAUUGAUGUUGUCUCAUUGAACAAUCUUACAAUGGAGUUUCGAUCGGACUAUGUAGAUUACAACGAGUUGUUACCAGCUAUGUGUGCAUGGCAACAGUAUCUCGCUGCUGGUCAUCUCGAGACUCUUACACUCAAAUUGAACCCAUCACACAAUGAUCAUCACUCACAAUAUGACGAGGUGAUCAAAGUACUGGAAGAUGGCUAUGAUCAACAUCCUCACCAUCAAGUUGAAAAGACAUUAUCACCGUGA